AUGGCUGAUUACGAACGCCGGAACAAUGGCUACCGUGGUGGCGGUGGCGGCCGCAAGCGUCGCUACAGAGACGACGAGGACUUCGACCGUCGCCCCCAGAGACGUCGCUAUGAAGAACCGCUCUUUGUGCAGGUUCGCCGGCAGCUGCUGACCAUCGCUGAAUCUGUUUGUUCUGCCUUUCCUCACCCUACGGCGCGUCACUGUCUGAAUACUAACGCUCGGUGCGCAACCUCUCAGGCAGCUCGCAGAGUCGAAGAUGAUAUCAUGAGAAUUGCGCAGUCAGUUGCGGAGAACUCCGAAGACCCGGACAUGCGCGACACAUUUGUUAACAUUUCCCUCGACCUUGUUUUGGAGCAGCCGAUGAAAAUCCCCUUUGUUGCUGCGACAUCCUUGGUUGUUUACAAUCUCAAAGCUGAACUUGGGGUGGAAAUACUGAAGAAGGCAGGCGAAGCUCUACAGAAGCACAUUGAUUCAGGAUCAUGGCGUGAAGUUAAGCUUCUCCUCCGCUUCCUGGGUGGUCUGCAGCCCUUAUUCGAAGGCAACGGUGUUUUCGCGCUGCUUGAAGAGUUAUUCAACCGCGCAGUCGACCUCCAGACCACAUCGUCAGAGGACCUACUCGGGUUGGAACUCGUCAAGAUUAUCCUCUUCACAAUACCCUACGUCAUGGCCUCCCCUGCUACAGGCUUCGAAUCCCAAGCCCUGGCGCUCCUCGAGAAAACGGACAUCAUUGCUUCUACCCCUCACGCGUUGGUCGAUUUGGUGAAUACAUUCGGUCCUCAGGAGCACCAGGAUGCAGCUGGACCAAGUUUAAUCAGCCUUCUGCAAGGGCAGUUGCAAACCGAGGCCGAGCAAGGCUGGGAGCUCAAAUGCCUGCCAAGGCCUUGGAAAGGCGUACAGGAGAUCGAAAAGGACGAUCAGGAGCCUGGUCAGAAUCCCUUUGAGCCAGUUAACAAGAUCGCUUUCCCAGAUAUCACAGUCCCAACCUCGGUCCCACACGGAGCCCGUCCAUUGUUCCCAGAGAUCUACCUCUCGGUAUACGCUAACCAAGACAUCGACACGGUGCCCCCGACCUCGAACGUGGCUUCGUCUCUCCUGAGAGAUGCCCUGGUCGAUACCAUCAAUCUCCUUGAUUUCAACAGAGUUGCCGUGGCCAAGUAUCUGAUUGAUGUGGAUUGUUAUUUCACCCCGUACAUCUUUGUCAAGCGAGCCACGCCUUUCGACAGGAUGCGAGACCUUGCUGGCGAAGCGCUAGCUUGGAAGCCCGAAGAUGUCGCAGUGGAUGCGGUUUUCUCGCAGCUGUUUCAACUGCCGACUCCGGAACACAAGCUUGUGUAUUACCAUUCUCUUCUAACGGAGUGCUGCAAGAUUGCCCCCGCAGCUAUCGCGCCCAGCUUGGGCCGUGCGAUUCGGUUUCUUUACAACAGUCUCGAGACCAUGGACGUAGAGCUAAGCGCUCGUUUCUUGGAUUGGUUCACUCAUCAUCUGAGUAAUUUCGGCUUCACGUGGAAAUGGAGCGAGUGGAUCGAUGAUCUAGAACUUCCUACUGUUCAUCCCAAAAUGGCAUUCAUCAGCGGUGCUUUGGACAAGGAAUGCCGACUUAGCUUUGCCCAGCGGAUCAAAGGCACUCUACCGGAGCCGUACUUACCGUUGAUCCCGGAUAUCAAGGAGGACGAGGCGCCCGGGUUUAAGUAUCUGUCUGAGCUGACUCCGUAUGCUAAGGAGGGCCAGGAGCUAAUGCAGCUCAUCCGAAAGAAGGCGAGCGAUGAAGAAAUUCAGCCCGUGAUUGCGGCGAUCGAAGAGCAGGCCCAAGGACUGGGUGUGGAAGACCCCAAGGUACCAUCCACCGACGCUCUAAUGACAUCCAUCUGCUAUGUGGGCUCUAAGUCGCUUUCUCACAUCCUGUCUUGCAUUGAGCGAAAUAAAGAUCGACUGCUAUCCAUCGGCGCUGUGUCGGAGACUGCUCGCCGCCAAAUCAUCGCCUCUGUCAUGGAAUACUGGGCUGGUCAGCCGGGGGUCGCCAUUGAUAUCAUUGACAAGCUGCUCAACUACACGAUCCUUACCCCCACCUCUGUGGUGGAGUGGGCCUUGUCCGACUCGAUGGCGGCUGGAACCGUCUUAGCCAAGUCCUACAUCUUCGAGAUGAUCUCCGCUACUGUCGGCAAAGUCACUAAUCGGAUGCGGCAAAUCGUUGCCGCUCGUAUUCAGCCUGGUCUCUACGAGCCUCAACUCAGUGUAUUGGAGGAAACCCUUGAGCGAGAACGUGCAGCGAUGCAGUCCUUAUUCAAAUUUAUUGAGGACUCGGUCGUCUCGGUAGCCGCUGGCAGCAACGACGGGCUCAUGGAGCGCGGAGAUGGCAGCGGAGAUCUACCUGAGGAUGAUCUCAUCCGCCAAUGGGGCCGUCGAUGGCUUCGUGCGUUCCGGCGCAAACUAGCUGUCGAGGAGGCGUUCAUUACUGGCGCUCUAGCCAACGCCACCCAGGUGGGCACCGUAGCCCCGUCUCAGCCAGAAGCCCCUGUCCCUGGUGAGGGGCCUGAUGGGGAUGUCCAUGUUCCCGAUGCAGAUGGCCAAUAG